AAGCAGCUCCAGCUUACACACUUCCCUGCUGGGGUAAGCGCCACCGCGAAGAUGAAGCUAGCUAACUUGUGCUGGCUGAGCUCGGCUGUCCUGGCUGCUCAGAGUUUUUUGGUUGUGGCAAACAGUGAAACAGAGGAAGUUAGAGAUGAAGCCAUGAAGGAUGCCUGCCCGGUGAGGCUGGAAAGCAGAGGGAAAUGCGAGGAGGGAGGAGAAUGUCCCUUCCAGGUGAGCCUGCCUCCCCUGACUCUUCAGCUCCCAAAGCAGUUCGGCAGGAUUGAGGAAGUGUUCAAAGAAGUUCAGAACCUCAAAGAAAUUGUAAGUAACCUGAAGAAAUGUUGCCACGACUGUAAACUGCAGGCUGAUGACAACCGAGACCCGGGCACGAAUGGACUCCUGGUACCCAGCACUGGAACCCCGGGAGAGGCUGCUGACAACCGAGUUAGAGAAUUAGAGAAUGAGGUUAACAAGCUCUCCUCUGACCUGAAGAAUGCAAAAGAGGAGAUAGACGGGCUUCAUGAUCGCCUGGAGAAGCUGAAUCUUGUAAACAUGAACAACAUUGAAAACUACGUUGAUAGCAAAGUAGCCAAUCUAACAUUUGUUGUCAACAGUCUGGAUGGCAAAUGUUCAUCGAAGUGUCCCAGCCAAGAACAAAUACAAUCACGUCCAGUUCAACAUCUAAUAUAUAAAGAUUGCUCUGACUACCACGCAAUAGGCAAAAGAAGCAGUGAGACCUACAGAGUUACACCUGAUCCCAAAAAUAGUAGCUUUGAAGUUUACUGCGACAUGGACACCAUGGGGGGAGGCUGGACAGUGGUACAGGCACGUCUCGAUGGAAGCACCAACUUCAACAGAACAUGGCAAGAGUACAAAGUAGGCUUUGGAAACCUCAGAAGAGAAUUUUGGCUUGGGAAUGAUAAAAUCCAUCUUCUGACCAAGAGUAAGGAAAUGAUUCUGAGAAUAGAUCUUGAAGACUUCAAUGGUCUCAAACUAUAUGCCUUGUAUGAUCAGUUUUAUGUGGGUAACGAGUUUCUCAAAUACCGUGUUCACAUUGGUAACUACAAUGGCACGGCCGGAGAUGCCUUACAUUUCAGUAAACACUACAACCAUGAUAUGAAAUUUUUCACCACCCCAGAUAGAGACAAUGAUCGGUAUCCCUCUGGGAACUGUGGGCUCUUCUACAGCUCGGGCUGGUGGUUUGAUGCAUGUAUUUCUGCAAACUUAAAUGGCAAAUAUUAUCACCAAAAAUACAGAGGUGUCCGGAAUGGGAUUUUCUGGGGCACCUGGCCUGGUGUGAAUGAAGCACAUCCUGGUGGCUAUAAGUCCUCCUUCAAAGAGGCCAAAAUGAUGAUUAGACCCAAGCACUUUAAGCCAUAAAUAACUAGUGCACAUUCUCACAGGUUUUAUUACCUAAUAGGGCUUCAGCAGUUUGGAAAAUGCCUUGUUUCACAUUCCUUUUCCAUAGUGCAAAAAUACAUCUCUGAGCAGUGGGUUCUUAUGCUACACAGCAUUUGAAACAAAGCUAAAAAAUAUAUAUUUUGCUACUAUAAUGUUGUUAUCUGUAAACACUUGUAAGUAAUUGGGAAUAUUAAGAACUAUACAUUAGAUUUAUAAUUCUCUUAAUUUCUAUUAAAUGAACUUUAAAAAAAUUAUUUGUAUUACUUGUUACAAUAAUUGUUUACUCAGCAGGCUAGAUUUUUCACAAGUAGUCUAUAUUUUGGCUAUCUUUUAAGUACAUCUGAAGGUAUAUUACUCUUUUCAGGCUACAAAUGGUGAUUUGGAUAGUUAUUCAUCUCUAAAUAUUCUAAUUCUCAUUGUGAGAUGAACACACUCCAUGUGUGCCAUGUACUUUGGGUCUGGGAGACCCUAUAGCAUUUUAGUUCCCAGGCAAAGGGAAAUAAUACAUAUAAUUAAACAUGCUAAUGUAGUAUUCAUGAAAUGUAAAAUAUUUGUCAUUUAAAACAUUUUAAAAUGUGGUAGCUUAAUGUCACCCCUAAAAGUAUUCAGAAAAUAACGAAAUCUUAAAGGCCAUGGUUUAACUCUUUCUAUGUUUGAUGGUGAAAGCUGCUUUAACUUCCUCUGCUUUGUAUGCACAACAGUUUUUAAUUUAAGAUUUAUCAUUACUGUGCUAGACUACUGGUAGGCUUUUUUUGGUGGGGGAUGGGGGUAGUGGGAGUGAAUGAAGCAUUUGUUUAUAGGCUAUAAUACUCUGAAGGUCAAUUUUAUAACCUAAGCAAUAAUAUCAUUAAGUGAGUCACUUCAUUAGGCAGAAAGCUAAGUUUUCUAGGACAAAUAGGUAAAUUUAUUUAUAUAAAUCACUAAUUUUGAAGUAUAUAGAACAGUAGCUCAAAUUUUGUAUAUAUAAACUCUAACUGGUAUGUUGCUUAUUUUACUAUCAGAAAAUUCAAAUGUAUGUGUUUGUUUUUUAACCACACAAAAGUACUUGUAAUUUUUAUAAUUUAUUAAUUUUGGAAUGCAAAUGUCAUAUUAAAAAGUUUAUUAAAAUGAUGUGUUUAACUUCAUCAUUGUAAAAAGGGACCAUUUCAGAGAGGGCAGUAUUUUGUUACUCAUUUAAAAAACGGCUCUAGAGAAAAAUUUAAAAUAAUAUACUGUACUGUAUGUGAGUCAUGGAAACACAUUUACUCUUUAAUUUCUAGUGUUUAUUCCUAAUAUAGUAGACACUUUUCCAAAAUACAAUCUGAAUCUUUACUCAUUAUUUGAAAAUUACUAAGCAGGACAGUUGCUUCAGGUUAAUUUUUCAAAUAUGAAGCCUAAUAUUCAUUAAAAGAAAGUUUUAAUGAAAAAGAAGCAAAAUAUUCCUUAAAAUUAAAUAUAAAACACAAAGCUUUUAGGUAAACAUGAUAAAAAUUAAACUACUGUGAAUAUCACUAAAAUGUUAAAGCAAGAGAAAUGGAAAUAGAAUUAAGUGAUGACCAGAAUACAAAAAUAUCAGUGUAUAUUUCAAAGACUGCCUGUCUACUCAGUAGGAUUUCAAAUGUAAAUGCUAUAAGUGAUUUAAUCUUUAUUUCUCUAUUUUGUUUUUUAAAAAAGACUAAAAUGAUUUUGAUUUUUAUACAAUGUAUUCCAUUUAAGAGCAUUUUCAUUUUCUAUAUAUAAUUGUUCAUAAAUGUGUAAGUAGAUUUCUGUGACCAAAAAUGGACUUAUCACAAAAUAAAUUUUAAGAAAAAUAACUGCUCAUACAGAGAAUGCCUACUGAUUUAAUGGGAAAUACAUAUAAUUUAAGAGAAAUUAUUAAUCUAUAAUGUAUUAAUCUAUAUAAAUACUCAGAAGCUUGUCUAUCUUUUCACCUGAUUUCAAAGGAUCAAAUUUUUAUUCUCCAUUAAACUUUUAAAAUGCUUUAACAAAAUAUUCUGUAAUAUAACAAUUCCUCUUUAGUAUUUCAUGCCAUUCAAUAUAAAGUAUAAUCUAGAAUUUUACGAUCUUUAACAUGUUAAUGAAAAUAGAUUAUAUCUGAGUAAGUGUUUCUGUCUUAAUAUAUCUAUCUACUAAUGCAUACUAUAAUGUUCACAGGUGUGGAUUGACUAUAAAUAUAUUAUUUAGGGUCUUAGGUCUCUUUUGGUGGCUAAUAUUUAUCUUUAUUAAGACUCUGUGUUUCUGAGAUUUACAAUUCUUUGAAAAUAUUGACUAAAAUUGGUCCUUAGAAUCUCCAAAUGGGACCAAUUCAUCUAUUACUGGAAAAAAAAUCUAACUGAUAAGCAAUUAUGCUCCAAAUGAAUUAAUAAUAAAUUGGUCUAAUAAAUAAAGAGCUUAAAUAUACGAAACACAGGAAAUAUCCUAGUAACUAAAUUUGCUGGUCCUUAUUUUUGGACAGCUACCCAAGAUAAGGCUUUAAAGGUAAAAGUGAUGGUACUGUCAUGUGAUAAGGCCUUGUUUAAAAUUCUUAUUUUCCUUUAUGUAUAAGUAGGUUUACGUAUUAUGUCUUUUAAAAUCCUAUAAAAUAAAAUAUUUAAUCUUCA